AUGAACCUCAACCUGAUCAGUUUCAUCUUCAUCCUCUCUCUCUCCAUCAACCAAACAUACAGUAAAAUGAUCCAAACCAUCCAAAGUCAAAAAGGCAUCAUCCCAGCCCAAGACAGUCUAGUGACUCAUGGUAUAGUACCAGAACGAGAAAUAGGGUGUAGGAUGUGUCAACACCAUCAUGAUCAAGAUCCAUUGGAUUGUCCUUACCCAUCAAAACUUUCUAACCCUUUAGAUUCAGCAUAA